AUGCAGUCCGGAAUAACAGCUUCUCAAGAACUUCACACGGCGUUCAACAAGUUCGUAUCUACCGAAUCACAACGAGGUCUCUUCUGUACCAUCACAGGCGAAACACUCACACCCUCCACCGUCCUCGAACCCUCCACCUCAUCCUUCGACGAUGAUCUCAAACUCCUGGCACCUCAUCUCCAAGACAAAACUGCUCUGUACAUAAUACUGCGUCGCUAUCCCUCUACCGAUCCCGCCCCCUUUGUUGCCGUCACCUAUGUUCCCGAUGCCGCGCCUGUGCGUCAGAAGAUGCUCUUUGCCUCUACACGACUUACAUUGGUACGAGAACUAGGGAUCGAACGAUUCCGAGAAACGAUCUUUGCGACGAUGAAAGAAGAACUGUCGAAAGAGGGAUUUGCCAAGCAUGAUAAGCAUAUUAAAUUAGCAGCGCCGUUGACGGAAGAGGAACAAAGUCUGGGAGAAGUGAAAAGGAAGGAGGCGGAAGAGGGUAGAGGUAUGAAUGAGAGAAAGAGUCACGUUAGUAGUGGUGUCAGUAUGCCAGUUGCAGCAGAUGCGCUGGAGGCUUUGAAAGCGCUGAGCCAAGAUGGCACACAUAAUUUGGUUCAAAUUAAAAUCAACAUUGCGCAAGAAACCAUGGAACUUGCUUCAAAGACACAAACCUCUAUCUCAGAUCUCAACAGCACUAUCUCCGGCAACGAACCUCGAUACUCUUUCUAUCGCUACACCCACGACCACCACGGAACAACGUCUUCGCCAAUAUUAUUUAUCUAUACUUGCCCUUCCGGAUCCAAAAUUAAGGAACGGAUGCUAUACGCAGCAUCAUCUCGAUCCGCCCAACAAUUAGCUGAAGGAGAGGCAGGACUCACCAUUGAGAAAAGACUCGAGGCAGGGUCUCCCGAGGACAUCUCUCAAGACAGUAUCGAUUCGGAUUUACAUCCACAGAUAGAGGUGAAGAAAACAUUCGCUAGACCCAAGAGACCCGGAAGAGGAUAG